AUGGUCAUCAGAUCUCGGUGGUCCAUCUCCAUUCCGGAGGUCUCCAUUCACCAGUGGAUUUUUGGCUCAUCCAAGGAUCCUCUCCAGGCGGGCGAUGCAAAGGCCCUCAUCGAUGCCGACCGCCCAGACACCCAUUUCCUCACCUUUGAGGAAUACCGCCUGCUGUCCAAGCGCGUUGGCCUCGGGCUGCAGCGGGCAGGGCUGAAACCCGGCGAUCGGGUGCUGGUCUUUUCUGGAAAUAAUGUCUAUUUUCCCUCCAUCUUUUGUGGCGUCCUCAUGGCUGGGGGCAUCUUCUCGGGCGCCAACCCCUCCUUCGUCGCCCGCGAGCUUGCCUACCAGCUGCGUGAUAGCGGGGCCUCCUUCCUGAUCGCCGCAGGGGACAGCCUCGACGUGGCCCUGCAGGCCAUUGAGGAGGCCGGCCUGCCGAAAGACCGCUUGUACACCUUCGAUGCCAAGGAGGAUCCACGCCCGAACAAGCCGGCUCCGGGCGUCAGAGGUCGGCAGCAAGGAGUAAGGCACUGGACCGAGCUGAUCCAGGCGGACAUCGCCGAGGCGGCAGCCUGGGACUGGGUCGAGCCCAGCGAUCCCAAGAGCGCGACAUGCUGUCUGAACUACAGCAGCGGGACGACUGGUGUGCCAAAGGGGGUGGAGAUCUCGCACCACGCCUAUGUAGCCAACUGCACACAGGUCGUGUUCCUGAGCCAGCUCGAUCCGGACCACGAGGCCAAGGUGGCUCGAGCCCGUGCCUUGGCCUUCCUCCCCUUCUACCACGCCUACGGCCAGACGUACUUUAUCGCAAACUAUCCCUCCCAGCGCAUCCCGGUGUACAUCAUGCCCAAGUUCGACUUUCUCAAGUUUCUCGAGCAUAUCGAGAAGUACCGCAUCACGGCGCUCGCCUGUGUGCCGCCCGUGAUUGUCGCCCUUGCAAAGCACCCUGCGGCCCGCAAGGCCGAUCUGAGCAGCAUAGAGACUAUCGGCUCAGGAGCAGCACCCCUGGCAGCGGAGACCGCGAGGGAGUGUGAGAGUCUGUUCAAGGCCAAGGGCGUUAUCCUUAGUCAGGGUUGGGGCAUGACCGAGGUGACGUGCACUUGCAUGGCAUGGGAGACCACCAGGUUGAAGCCCAGCGGUGGGGUGGGAGAGCUGAUGCCCAACUGCGCCGGCAAGCUCAUGGACCUCGACGGAGAGACAGAGAUCCAGGAGGCCAACCAGAGAGGCGAGCUCUGGGUCACCGGGCCCAACCUGCUCAAGGGCUACUGGAACAAGCCAGAGGCUACCAGCAGCACGGUGGUCACCGACAGAGGCGGGACGCGCUGGCUGAGGACGGGGGACAUCGCUUACCUCGAGGAGUACAAGGAUGGGAGCAUCUGGCACAUUGUCGACAGGAUAAAGGAGCUCAUCAAGGUCAAGGGCAACCAGGUCGCCCCUGCUGAGCUGGAGGGCGUCCUUCUGGACCACCCGGACAUUGCCGACGCCGCAGUGGUUGGCGUGACCAUCAAGGGGGAAGAGUACCCAAGAGCCUAUGUCCAGAUCAGCCCUGGGGCAAAGGUGAAGGAGAAGGAUAUUGCGUUCUGGAUGGAGGACAAGGUGACGAGAUACAAGCGUCUGCAAGGAGGUGUUGUAUUUGUUGAUGCCGUCCCCAAGAAUCCGUCAGGAAAGAUCCUGCGCAAGAUUCUCAGAGACAGAGCCAAGGAAGAGGUUGGAGAUCGGGAGCCGCUCGCAUCCAAGAUUUAGAGCAGACAUGCCAGAGUCGUUAUGUCCACCGUCUUGAGACAGGGUAUCAAUGGAGUUCGGGAUGAAGAUGUUAUAAGAGGGGAUGAACAGGGGCACUAGAACAUUAGAGGGCAUCUAUCACCAACAGGCCCGGUGAUUUCUGUAGUCAGUCGAUGUACCAAAUCUCGCCUUUGGAUCUGAUCAGAUUCUGAC